AUGGAUCCACAAAAAUUACAACAAAAGCUCAUAUCAAGAAGAGAGUCUACAGAGACUCUGAGUAGGGAAAAUGCAAGCAAACUUAUGCGAAGAUCAAAGACACCGGACAAUCUCGAAGCCGCCCAUUCAAUGAGGAAUAAUAAGGCUAUCUGUCAAAAUCCGAGCGAACAGCCACUUGAUGGUAAACCAACUGAUACUAAGACGACUGAUUCAUCUCGUGAAGCGAUAGCUGAGAAUCAAAUCUUUGAAGAAUCGACUUAUUAUCAUACGUCUGUUAUCCAAACAUUCAAAAAUACACUUUCAUAUCUUCUUCGCCCAAGAGUCCGUGAAGGCGAUCAGAGGAUUAAUUGGACUUGUGAAUGUGGCGAGCAACUCUAUGCGGAUUUCAAAGCUAAAUCGCCAGAAGCCCUGCGAGACAUACAUGCGAUACUGCAUAGCGUCCCAAGCGCAGCAUUAUUGGAGGUUCGAGUCGUUCGGACUGGAGCAGGUCGACAAUUUCAUAUCAGAGCAUUCUCUGACAUUCCGAAUUCAGAGGCCUCAUCUAGUGACCAUCAUGCUUACUCAGUCACGAAUACCUCUCCAUCCACAUCGCAAGCGUUGACAACAUUAACGCCAAAAUCACCAGCAUUCGUCUCUACGAUACCAACUUCUUCGUCAUUGAUCUUAUCAACACCAACAUCUUCCGUAUUGACCUUAUCAACUUUGACAGAAGUAACCUUUCUGGAACUCUGUGUAAACGUUAGUGAGAAUCUCAAAAGACUUGGCGAGAUUAAUCUCGUUGGUGCAAAACUUGACGAGCAUAUGUUCGAACGGAUCCGUGAAAAAUACUUUGAGUUGCGCGGCGCGCGAUCCAAACUUUGGCUUCUCAAACCAGCAUCUGUAUAUUUCGUACGGUUUUCUGUAGAGCAACGUCAUCGCGUCGGUAUUUUACAAACACCACUUUCUUUACCACCCAAAACAGAGGUAGACGAUGACAGCUGGAUAUACCAUCCAUGUCCACUUGAUGAAGGAGAGCUUCCUGUUCCGGAUAAUGUUAUCUUACACUAUCUGAAAUGCACCAGUCCUACAGGAAUUCUUCUUUGGAUGAGAAGAGUCCCACGAAAAUGCAAAACAAGUAUACUUGAUAACGGAGCUGCACCAGUUGCUUUGGGAUGGGGAAUCCAUAUUGAUGAAGGCCCGAAUUACAAAGUUAUCUUCUUUAUAAACUUUGUGGCGCUAGUGAUAAGCGGGAUUAUAGCUUUGACAUGGUCACUUGCCAAAGAAGAUUUUCAAGGUGCUUUCGGCUUCGCGAGUUGGUUUAUAGCUUCCGUGAACGCACUUCUGCUGACGCUUAUGUAUUGGUUAAACGAGUAA